AUGGCUGGAAUAUCGCUGUGGGGACCGAGUGUUUCUGUGGCAGUGUUUGGGAAGAGAAGGAGGAGGCAUGUGGCUGCUGACCCCAAGUGGGGUGUGGAGUGGAUAGAGCUGCCGAGAGUCCUGGGGCUGCCCCCUCGUCGACCUGCAAGGACCCUGUUUGGGUGGAGCCGACCCUCCUACCCACCAUCUGUGGACAGCCAGGACUCAUCCGAGGUGAAUGUUGAAGACACUGUCGAAAUGCUUCCCAAGUCCCGGAGAGCACUCACCAUUCAGGAGAUUGCCGCACUGGCCCGCUCUUCCCUGCACGGCAUUUCCCAGGUGGUAAAGGACCACGUCACAAAGCCUACCGCCAUGGCUCAGGGCCGAGUUGCCCACCUCAUUGAAUGGAAGGGUUGGAGCAAGCCUAGAGACUCGCCUUCCGCCCUGGAAUCUGCCUUCUCCUCCUACUCAGACCUCAGUGAGGGGGAGCAGGAAGCUCGCUUUGCUGCAGGGGUGGCAGAGCAGUUUGCUAUUGCUGAAGCCAAGCUUCGAGCGUGGUCCUCUGUGGAUGGGGAGGACUCCACAGAUGAAUCCUAUGAUGAGGACUUUGCUGCAGGAGCUGACAGCCCUCAGCCUACAGACAUAGCUGGGCAGCUGGGGCCGCAUCUCCAGGACCUCCUGACUGGGCGGCGCUAUUCCCGUCCCUUGCGUCAAGGCUCCUGCGAUCCGGAGAGCGAUUCCUCGCAGACCGUGUCACCAGAGACCCUGUGCUCCAGCCUCUGCAGCCUGGAGUCUGGGCUGCUGGGCUCCCCGGCCCAUCUGGCCACCAAGUUGCUCACCGAAGAGCUUCUCCUCUCCAAACUGCCCCCAAGCAGGGAAAGUGCCUUCCAGAGCCUGGGCCCCCUGGAGCGCCGGGACUCGCUCUAUUCUGUGUCCUACACAGAGUCCUGCCUGUCCCCCGCAGAGGAUGAGCCCAUAGCCUGCAAGGACUGCCAGCCGCUGUGCCCCCCACCCGGGGGCAAUUGGGAGUUGCGGCGGAAAGUGUCUGACGUGGCCUCGUCAGGAGUGGUGUCCCUGGAAGAGAACGAGGCCGAGCCUGAGGAGCAGUGA